AUAUAGUGGAAACCUGUUGCCCAUCUUUCGAUCAGUCUGGAAGCCACGACGGAGACGCAGAGUUUGGCCGCAGGAGCGACUAGAGCUGCACGCAAACCGCCAACGUCACGUCUCAAAUUGGCGACAUAAUUUCAACAAGACUUUAUUCGCCGUUCCUCAGAUUUCUUCACAUUCCUACAGAUCCAACAUCGGCGCUUUGGAACCUACGACCUAUCUCCACCGCAUAAACACUUCAACAGCCCCCGAAGAAGGCAAAACUUACCUCACCACCACCAUGCUCAGCCUCCACACGCUGGCCAACCUAAUCGUCACCAGCUUCCUUCUCGCACCGCCUACAACCGCUCUUCCACUUUGGCCCAACAACACGACUCCCGCCGCUGUUCCGACCGCCUGCAGUUCGCCGACUUCCAACCCCACCGCCGAGAUUGCCCCAGCCUGCCAAAGCUUCUACCCGACCUCUUACCGCAUCAUGAACUCGCGUUAUCCCACGUGGGACCAAACACCUCUUCACGGCAACCAAGACUUCGUCAUGCUUCUCCGCCAGCGCGCGGAUACGUUUCAGGUCGCGACGCAGGUCCAGUUCGAUGGACUGGGGGAUGUCGCGCCGCCGAACAGCAGCAGCACUUGUCGCCUGCAAUUCCAGCUACCCGCCAAAGAUAUGCAGACUGUGCUAGGUCCCGCGCCGGUGGUGGAUGUAUAUCAAGUGGAAAGGGAGGCGGGAUCGCCUGCAUCGUGGUCUACCUACGAGCCCGCGUUGGCCGCAAGCUCAAAUGGGAGUGUUUCCGCACCACGAUUGUUUGGUUCCAUAAACGGAAGUCUGGCAGCCCAAGAGACGGCUUGGAAUCAGUCGGUGGGGUUGGUGGAUGUGGGGGCGACGUUUUGCAAUGCGACGUUGACGUGGCAGAUGGCCAUGGCGAUUGACGGGGGCGACGAGGUCAACUACUGGGAUUUUAUAGGUGUGGACCCGCCUUUUAAUCCAGUGCAGGGGUUUAGAGUUAUUACGGGGUGCUAGUGCGUAGAGUAAAUGGGCAGGUCGGUGAUGGGGGGAGGU